UGCCCAAAAAAAUCAUCAUAUCCUAGAAUUCACUUGAUAUCAUUAUCCCAUUCAUAUAUAAACCUGUCAAUUGAUCAUCAACACCUUUGUUCAAUCCUAACUUUUCCUUUCAAAUUCUAUCCGAAUAUCUCUUUUUCAUUUUACCUUUGUUCUCAGCAACAAAGAACUUUUUGAAGUUGAUCACAUCUCACUAUCAUUUCUUUUUAUUCAUUUCGUUACUUCUUUCAUUUUGAGACAGAAACAUCAAUUCACAAAAAUAAUGUUCACGUUUUUCAAUCUAUUGCAAGUCCUCGGACUGCUUACUUAUGUCAAUGCUCAUUUAUCGCUUAUUACCAUUCAUGGUUCAAACAAUAAAGUUGGACAUGCAUUCGGAGUACACACAGAUGGAAAAUAUCCAAGAAGACCGGGUGGUUCAGGUGAUGCUGGAGGUGAUUCUGGUGUUUUUCAAACUGGUACCGAUCAUCCCAACCCAGCAUGUGGUUCUACACCAGAAUUGGGUCAGGUUGAUGUCACUUCAUGGUUAAGUCAAGCUGAGGGCUCCGGUCUACCAGCGGCUUAUUCUAAUGGAUCACUUGUGGUCACAGCCUUUCAAGUCAAUCGUGAUGGUGGUGGACCAAUGUCCUGUGAAUACAACGAAGAUGCUACCACCAAGUCAUUCAAACCAAUGACCAUGACUCUCAACCAAGCUGGAAAUUCUGGAAUAUUACCUCAUGUUCGUGUUAACUCGACUGUGGUGAUGACCUUUCCCAGCGGAGCAAAAUGCACAGGCGGUUGGACACAGACUGCUUGUAUCGUUAGAUGUCGUACAGGUGUGAAUAAGCGAUUUGGAGGUUGUUUCGCCGCCAAGCUUGCUUCUAGCAAUUCUCUUUCACUCGCUUCUGGAUCAGGCAAGGGCAGUACUGGUCUCACAAGUCAACAAAUCAAUCAAAUCGCUGCAGCAGUUAUUGCUCAAAUGAAAUCGAGUGGUUAUGUGAUUUCCAAAUCUGCUAAAUCUCGGACUCGUCAUCGCAAUCGAUCUAUUGAUGAAGAUGCAGAAUAGAUUCAUCAGCACGAUAAGUAGCGCACUCUAACUUAUUCAACUGAAAACAUUGCAACCAUACUGUACUACUCCUAUUUAAAUUAUUUAUGAUCUUCAACGUCACAUUUAGUCAAAAAUAGCUAGAUCCUUGUUAUCUUCAUGUUUCGAAGACCCUCAUGGUGGUCUCUUUGCCAUCUAGUGCAUCUUAUCAUCAUCUAUUUUCUCUUCUUAUAUAUAUAUCUACUCACUCAAUUUCGAUUUGAUUUUCCUACAUCUUUCACUAUUCUAAAGAUCCAACUGUUAACUCUCCUUCAUUUCAUUCUUCUACAGAUGUAGUUCUUCGUUUUUUUGAAUUGUCAAUUGUCGAUUGUUUUCCUUUACUUGACUUUUCUCUACAUUAACAGUAGAUCAUGGACUUCCCAACGAAAUCCAAAUCAUGUUCAAACACUUUUCUCAUAUUC